UCUUUAUUCAGCAUCACUUUCUUGCGCUUUACCAGACGAUCAAGAAGAUAAAUGUAGUACCAUUUGCUAUCCAACUAUAAAGCCCUUGUUAAAGCAUGUGGCAUUGUGCAAUCAAAAUAAUGAAAUAAUUUUAAAACUUCAAGGAAAAAUUCGCGAACAGGAGAUUGAAAUAAACAGAUUGAAGAUUAACAACGAGCAACUUAAUUCUCAAUUGCGGGAAGCCACAGUAUCUGCUAAUUGGAUGGAUCAACUCAAAGAAGCUCUCGACCAUAAUCGAAAUAUUAUGAGUGAGAUCAAUAAGAAGAUUAUUAAGGCGGACGAUCUUAUCAGCCAUAGUAAACUUAAAGAAAUUGCAAAUGAAACGGAAGGUUUCCAAGUCAACUGCUCGGCGGAGGAUCAGGAUUUGCCCAGCAACUGUUUGGGUUUUGAGAAUGGAGAGGGUAUAAGGCAAAUCAAAGUGCCUGGAGCCAAAAAGUUUUAUGUAAUGUGCGAUUCGAAAACUGCUGGACCCGGUUGGACAGUCGUUCUACGCAAUUUAGGUAAUGAAAAUUUCAACCGUAACUGGACGAGCUAUAAGAAUGGAUUUGGUUCCAUGGACUCGUCCUUUUUUGUAGGACUAAGCCGCCUGCAUUUAAUGACUCAAUCGCAGCCCCAUGAAUUGUUCAUUGCGAUAUAUUUCAAACACCCACUACACUCGCAAUUCACAAAUUCUUUUGAUAAUUUCAUCGUCGGCGGCGCGUCUCAAGGUUAUAGGCUUGAGUCGAUUGGCAAUCCUACGUCCAGCCAUUUUCCCUUUAUUCAAAGUCAAGUUAAAGCCAAAUUUACAACCUUUGAUUCGAACAAUGCUGGAACUAAAAUCAAUUAUGCUAGAGGAACAGCCGGUUGGUGGUUCACGGCAGGAAAUAAACAAAGCUUAACACAAUGGCAAAUAGGAUAUGAAAAAACUCUGAUGCUAAUUCGACCUAAAAUGUACCUGUAAAAUUGUGCAAAGACUCAAAAGCAU